AUGACCAUGAUCAUGAUUACCAAUUUGCGUUUUACUGAUCUUGUUCAAUUAAGUGGUCAUGAUGAUAUUGCGGGACUUAGUGGUGGGAAAAUUCGUUUGAAGACCAUGAUAACAAACAAUAUUAUAUUAUGUGCUUACGAUUUAUGUGACUUCGGUUUGUCUAAAUCUGUCAAAGUAUUGAGUGAUAUAUACAAACAAAGUACUGCUAAACACAGCAAAGAUUUUAAAGACAAUGUUAACUAUAUGGCACCGGAAGUAGAGACCACUGAAUACAACCAUUUAAUAGAUGUCUAUAGUCUGGCACUCAUUGGAGCGAAAAUAUUUGGUUUCGAUUCCGACGAUAUCAGAGACGGAAUAUUGGAUUCCGAUUUCUAUUGCUAUUUACAAAUUAAUGAUAAUAGAGUUAUGGAAAGACUGAUUGGAGACUAAGACCC